UGCCCUCCCUCUUCUCCUCCGCCCUGCUUCUUCGGCCAAUCCGGAGGCUCCGCGGGUGGCAUGGCUUCCCCGGCACUGUGAGCUCGGGUCACGGCUAGUGCGGGCGGGCGUCUGGCUCGCCAGGUCCGUUCCUCCGGCCCCUAGGGCUCGGGCUCUGAGGAGAAUGGAUUCAUCUCUGGAUGUGUGGGACCUCACUUCUCCUUUGCUAUCAUUGUGGAUAAACCGCUUUUACAUUUACUUGGGCUUUGCUUUGGGCAUUAGCCUUUGGAUUUGUGUCCAGAUUGUCCUCAAGAAGCAGGCCAAGAACUUACAGGAGAAGGGUAUUCCAAAAACAUCUCAGGAUUUGAUGACAAAAGGUUCGAUCUCCCUUCAAAAGAAGCAGAUCUUUGUGUCUGGAGUGAAGAUUUUCUAUGGAUCCCAGACAGGCACGGCAAAGGGAUUUGCUGCAAGUCUUGCCAAAGCUGUUACCACCCUGGACCUGCCAGUGACUGUUGUUAAUCUGAAGGAAUAUGAUCCAGAUGAUUGCCUGGCAGGAGAGGCUACCAGUAGGGGUGUGUGUGUCUUCCUGCUUGCCACAUACACAGAUGGCCAGCCCACUGAGAGCGCACAGUGGUUCUGCAAAUGGCUCCAGGAAGCAGCCCAUGAUUUUCGAUUCAGCAAAACUUACCUGGAGGGGAUGAGAUAUGCCGUAUUUGGCUUGGGAAACUCUGCCUAUCAGAACCACUUCAACAAGGUUGGCAGAAAUGUUGACAAGUGGCUCUGGAUGCUGGGUGCACACCGCAUGUUGGCUCGAGGAGAGGGGGACAGUGACGUGGUCAAGAGCAAACAUGGCAGCAUUGAAGCUGACUUCAGAGCUUGGAAGGCCAAGUUCACCUCCCGGCUGCAGGCUCUUUGUAAAGGAGAGAAAAAACCUUGCAGUGGGAACUGCAAGAGAGGCAAGUGCAAGUCCAAGCAACGAGGCUCAGAGCGAAAGGAGCCAGAGUCUCACCCUCACGAAGGACUACAGCACAGAGACACUGAGGAGGAGGAGCCCUGCGAGAGCAGCAGCGAGGAGGAGGAGUAUGGCAGCCAUGAUCACCAGAGCCUGAAUUCUGUGGUUGAUGUGGAGGACCUUGGAAAAGUUAUCAAUCACAUGAAGAAGGAAAAGAAAGAAAAGGAGCAGCCAGAAGAGGAGAUGAGUCUAUUGAGAACAGGGAAGAAUGAAGAUGGAGAGGGAAGAGCCAUGAUAACACCUGCUCUCCGAGAUGCCCUUAAGAAACAAGGUUAUCAGCUGAUUGGGAGCCACUCUGGGGUGAAGCUAUGCAGAUGGACAAAGUCAAUGCUUCGUGGGAGAGGCGGUUGUUAUAAACACACCUUCUAUGGCAUCGAGAGUCACCGCUGCAUGGAGCUCACCCCAAGCCUAGCCUGUGCAAACAAGUGUGUCUUCUGCUGGCGACACCACACCAACCCUGUGGGCACUGAAUGGCGGUGGAAGAUGGACCAGCCAGAGAUGAUCUUAAAGGAAGCCAUCCAAAGCCAUCAGCACAUGAUUAAGCAGUUUAAAGGAGUGCCAGGUGUACAGGUAGAGCGCUUCCAGGAAGGGCUGGAGGUGAGGCACUGUGCACUGUCUCUGGUAGGGGAGCCCAUCAUGUACCCCGAAAUCAACACAUUCUUGGAGCUGCUCCACCAGUGUAAAAUCUCCAGCUUCCUGGUCACGAAUGCACAAUUUCCCAAGGAAAUCAGAAACCUGAAGCCAGUCACGCAGCUCUAUGUCAGCGUGGAUGCUAGCACCAAAGACAGCCUGAGAAAAAUUGACCGCCCACUCUUCAAGGAUUUCUGGCAAAGGUUCCUUGACAGCUUAAAAGCCUUAGCAGCCAAGGAACAACGCACUGUCUACAGACUGACGCUGGUCAAGUCUUGGAACGUGGAUGAGCUCCAGGCUUAUGCCAGGCUUGUGUCCCUGGGGAACCCUGACUUCAUCGAGGUGAAGGGUGUCACCUACUGUGGAGAGAGCUCAGCCAGCAGCCUCACCAUGGCCAACGUGCCCUGGCACGAGGAAGUGGUGCGCUUUGUCCACGAGCUGGUGGAGCUGAUUCCUGACUACGAACUCGCCUGUGAGCAUGAGCACUCCAACUGCCUCUUGAUCGCACACAGGAAGUUUAAGAUUGACGGGGAAUGGUGGACGUGGAUCGAUUACCGACGCUUCCAGGAGCUGAUCCAGCGGUAUGAAGACAGUGGUGGGUCAGAAGCCUUCGGCGCAAAGGACUACAUGGCCCCGACGCCCUCCUGGGCACUGUUCGGUGCCCGGGAGAGAGGCUUUGACCCCAAGGACACAAGGCAUCAGAGGAAGAGCAAGUUGAAGGACGUUUCUGGAUGUUGAGCAUAGCUGCCUUGAGGAUGCUGAAGGACACAGCCAGACAUCCCGGGCUGUUCCCGGGCUCCACGGCCUUAGCAGGACGCCCAUCACACCACUGCCCUUAGAGACGGCGCAUAGCCCUUCUGACCAGAUUUUAUUAUUUCAUCACUCUUUCCCAAUUCCAUUUCUGAGAAGAAAAUCAUCUGUAGUGGCGGUGAAGUAGACAGUCUUUAAACAAUUGGAAUUUAAUAGUUUUUAAAUUAUAUUUUGGUAUGACUUCCUAAAAUGCUAUUCAUAAGAGUGCUACACAGGAAUAAAUGUGCUCUA